CGUUCGCGCUGCGCUCAAGUCUCCUCACAAGUCAUUGGGGAACAGUCGUCGCGCGACCCGCCGCCAAAGAAGAAACACGUUUAGUACUUUUUUUUCGUUGUCUUUCGAGGUAUCUUAAAUUAGCCCAAAGACACACAGUACACAGCACACAGCACACCACACACAACAUAACACACACAACUCUCAAAUUGUGCUGGAGGAGCUGCUCUUUAUGUGUGUUGCUUUGGCUGUGCUCAGCUGUUACCUCUCCCAUUCCCCUCGUUCUCGUACCGAAUUGUAGUGCAAUAUAAUAAAAUAAAACAAUUACGUAUUAAAAAAUAUAAAUAGAGAGAGAGAUAGAGAGCGAGACAAUAGCUCGUGUGUUUUACCAACAACAACCAGCCAAAUUAAUGUGAAAUAUUUGACUGUAUAAAUGGGCCUAAAAUAAAGAAAAUCAAAAAGCAAUUCAGCUAGCAACACGAGCAUCGCUGUCUGUUUCAAGAGAACAACCAACGGCAGCAACAGUAUAAAGUAUAAAAAAACAACAAACAACAACAACAACAGCAACAACAAUUAGAAGAACAAGUUUUACGCGCUGGCAACUCUUGGAUUUCAUUCUAUGGAAUUAAGCUGCUUGGGAUGAAGAGAAAGAGAAGCAUCGACAGCGAUAGCAACCUGCAUUAUUCAUCGACUUCCAACUACGUAACAGAAAUGCCAAGAAAUUGUGAACAUGAUAAACAAUGAAUAAUUCAAAGUACUCGUAAGAGAACGAGCAUCGAACGCAGAGAGAUUCAUAUGUAAAUAGAGGCAACGCCAAAUAAAUAUAAAUAAUAAAUAGAGAAAACUGAAGCGACAGUGAAAUAAAGAAGCUAGUAGCUUUAAAGAACUCUCAAAGAGACACAAAGCAGAAGCACAAGCACCAACCAACCAACCAACCACUGACUGACUGACUGACACAUCCUAAUGCCAAUUGCCAACUGCAACUAUUAAACUGAACUGAACUGAACACAGACACUCACAGUGAUUCACAGACCAUUGAGUUCUCAGUCAUCAUGGAUGACAUGCACGCAUCGAAUGUGCCACUCGUGGACAAGGAGAACGGCUCCAGCGCCAUCAUACUGCCCGCCAAGACAUCAUCCACAUCCACAUCCACAUCGACGUCAUCAGCAGUUCACUACAAGAGCUGCAACAAUAGCACAACAACAACAGCAACAACAACACCGGCAGUAGCAGGAGCCACAGCAACUGGGGAACUAUCUGGCACAGUUAACGCCAAGUCUGAGCCAGUGCCACUGUUGAAUCAGCUGCAGGCACUGCCCCUCCAGAAGACCACCAAUGACCUGAAGCACAGCAAUGCCAACUACGGCUCACAAAAUAAUCUGUGCAAUGGAAGACUCAAUUCGACGACUCCUGGCACCCUCAAUAACCAUGUGUUGGCUCCCAAGGUGCAGAACAACAGCAGCCCCAAUGGCCAGAAGAAGGGCACAAUCUCGUUGUCCCAUCUGCCACAGCGGCCGCCAGUGGACAUUGAGUUCCGUGACAUCUCCUACUCUGUGCCCGACGGCCACUUGCGCGGCUUCAAGACCAUUCUGAAGAGCGUAUCGGGCAAAUUUCGCAAUGGACAAAUUACGGCCAUCAUGGGACCCUCUGGAGCUGGCAAGAGCACGCUGAUGAAUAUCCUUGCGGGUUACAAAACAUCACAGCUAAGUGGCUCGGUGCUGAUCAACAGCAAGGAGCGCAAUCUGCGCAGAUUCCGCAAACUCUCCUGCUACAUCAUGCAGGACGAUGUGCUCAUCGCGAACCUCACAGUGCGCGAGGCCAUGAUGGUGGCCGCCAAUCUCAAGCUGGGCAAGAAUAUGAUCAGCUAUGCCAAGUGCGUAGUGGUCGAGGAGAUACUGGAAACGAUUGGCCUCAAGGAGUCGGUGAACACGCUCACUUGCAAUCUGUCUGGUGGCCAGCGAAAACGGCUCUCAAUUGCUCUCGAGCUGGUCAACAAUCCGCCGGUCAUGUUCUUCGAUGAACCAACCUCUGGCCUGGACAGCUCCACUUGCUUCCAGCUAAUUUCACUGCUCAAAUCCCUGGCGCGCGGAGGACGCACCAUUGUCUGCACAAUUCAUCAGCCCUCGGCUCGGCUGUUCGAGAAGUUCGAUCAUCUGUAUCUGCUGGCCCAGGGCCAGUGUGUCUACGAGGGACGCGUGCAUGGUUUGGUGCCUUACUUGGCCUCGCUGGGCUAUGAAUGCCCCUCUUACCACAAUCCCGCUGACUAUGUGCUCGAGGUGGCGUCGGGUGAAUACGGCGAGGCGGUGCCCAAGCUGGUGGAGGCAGUCAAGAGUGGCACUUGCAAGAAGUACAUGCACAAGGAUUACGGCGUGAAUCUGGCCAACGCCAAGGGCAUUAUUGCCAACGACAUAAUCAAGGGCAACGGCAGCGGCACAGACAACAGCAGCGCCAACACAGCGCCUUCGACGACGGCAGCAGCUACGAUCAAAUUGGAGGACGAGAAGCCGCCGAAAGCGCUCGAGGCAAUUGCCGACGAUGCGGACGCGGAUGCAGACGAGUUAACCGAACUGAAACCACCGAAGCUGGAGGCCCAACAGUCGCAGAAUUCCGACUGCAGCGUCAUCAAUAUGCCCACCACCAACGACGACAGCUGCAGCUUCAGCUCGUCAAAGGGUGGCCAAAGCCAGAACGCUGUCUCUGGCGGCACAAAUCCCGUUGUGGGCUGCAUGACAUCGCUGUUGGACUCGCAUGAAAGCGUCGUCACAUUGCCCAACAAGACGGGAUUCCCCACGAGCGGCUGGACGCAGUUUUGGAUACUUUUAAAGCGUUCAUUUCGCACUAUUAUGCGCGACAAGAUGUUGACGCAUAUGCGACUCGCUUCGCACGUCAUUGUGGGCGCCAUCAUCGGCAUGAUCUACUACGAUGUGGGCAACGAGGCCAGCAAGAUCAUGAGCAAUGCCGGCUGCAUCUUCUUUGUCUCUUUGUUCACCACUUUCACGGCCAUGAUGCCCACCAUUCUAACCUUUCCAACGGAGAUGUCGGUGUUUGUGCGGGAGCAUCUCAACUAUUGGUACUCCCUGAAGGCGUUCUACUUUGCCAAGACCAUAGCCGAUAUUCCCUUUCAGAUUGUCUUCUCUAGCGUCUUUGUGCUCGUCGUCUACUAUUUAACUUCCCAGCCCAUGGAACUGGAGCGCAUCUCAAUGUUUGUGCUAAUCUGUGUGCUCAACUCGCUAGUGGCCCAAUCUUUGGGUCUGCUCAUUGGUGCUGGCAUGAACAUCGAGACAGGCGUCUUUCUAGGUCCUGUCACGACGAUUCCAACGAUUCUCUUCUCGGGUUUCUUUGUCAAUUUCGAUACCAUACCGGCGUAUUUACAGUGGGUCACAUAUGUCAGCUACGUGCGCUACGGAUUCGAGGGUGCCAUGGUGUCCAUCUAUGGCAUGGAUCGAGCCAAGCUGCACUGCAAUGAGAUCUACUGUCAUCAUCGAGUGCCCAAGAAGUUCUUGGAGUGGAUGUCCAUGGAGGACGCUCGCUUCUGGGUCGAUGCCGUCGCCCUGCUUGGCAUCUUCUUCGCCCUUCGCAUCAUUGCGUAUUUUGUGCUCCGCUGGAAGCUGCAUAUGAUACGUUAAGCAGACGAUCUGUUUUUUGUACUCCCUAAGACUAGGCUAAGUUGGAAUCAUCAAAUCUAUUGUAAAUAGAGGUCGCGCAAUAGGAAUUUAUGUUCGAGGACCGUAGAUAGGCGUAGCUUAAUGGUGCUUCGACAUUUCGACUGGUUUUCCCUCAUAUGGUUUUUUCAUUGCAUUAAAGGUUCUACUUAAAGAUUACGACAACCACAACAACAACAAAAUAUACCAAAUAGCGAGUAGAUCAAACGCAGAGCGCCCAACAACAAAAAUAUCUGGCCAACACAAAUCGAAAUUCGCAUAAACACAAAACGUCUAGUUCGUUAAGGUUUUACAUUUAUAUAGAGUAUAUAGGCAUGCAUGACUAUUGAUUAUUGAUUAUUACAAUUGAUUAAUAAUUAUUGAUUAGCGUAAAAUAGGCACGUUCACAACCACACACACAGAGACACACAAAAUACUCUCAGAAAACAAGCAAACAAUAUUUAACCCAUUCAAGUGUAAAUCUUGUGACCAAGCAGAAGAGUCUGAACUUAAAUAGGUUGAAAAUUAUAACAAAUUGUAGAGAAGUCGUUAAACCCGUGUACCCGACCGACACCGCGUAGCUCCCAUAGAUAAAACACUUAAAUCGGCAUCCGUGAACUCUCAAGUACAUUUGUACAUCAAUACUCCAUAUCCGUCUCCAUCUCCAUCUCCAUAGAAAGUGCAAUUUUACCCAACGUUCUUUAUAGAUCAGUCCGUCCCUAUUUUGACCCAACCAAUCAACGUGACGUAUAAACCAAUCCACCUUUUUGCCAACGUUUUCAGCUAGUUCGUGUUCAAACUAAUUUGCAAAUCGGUUAGUUAGGAACGUGCUUAGAAAUUGAAAUAUUUGUAAACAACAAACAGAGCAACAAACUGAACCUUGUGAUACACACUCAUAAUCGAUAUGACAACAAAAAGUGCGAGGGGAAUUCGUUUGUGUCCAGGCAAAACUGGUGAUAUGAAGCAAUUAUUACUAUUAUUACGAUUAUUAUUAUAUGUAGCUACUAUUCUUACGGCAAGUCGAUUAAUCUUCAAUAACGUGUUUGUAAUUUACGGCAUAUGUGUGAUUAUAUAUUAUCUUUUAAUUUAGUAAAUCUUUAGUUGUAUUAUUAAAUCUGUCAGCAAAAUAAACGCAAUAUGAAUUAAACAUUUUUUAUUUGAAAUUUGAUAAACAAACGCAAUCUGAAAGGCCAACAAAAUUAAGCCAAAGAAUGUAAAAGGGGAAUUCGGACGUAUUCAAUUAAUGCUUCGAUUAAUUUGCCCCCAUUUAGUUAUACAUCAUUUUGUGAUAAAUAUAGAAAUUACAAAAGCAAAUCGCAAAUCUAAAUUUGUAACUUGUAAACUUCUAAAACAAGAAGCUGUUGCCACAUAUUCAGCAUCCUGUGAGGAUCGAUACUUGUAAUUGUCUAGACUCUAGAAUGGCAAUCCAAUUAAUUAGCAAACGCGUUAAGUACUACAUUCUUAGUUGUAGCCAUUAAAUCUAAUAAACAACAUCAAAAAACGGAAACAAACAUAUUUAAAGCGAAUGUUCAACUGUAUAAUAAAAUAAAAUUAAACAUAAACACACACACGGCCUGCACAUAUACACAAACUGUCAAACACAUACACACAUACCAGUAGAAUAUUUUUAAUAA